AUGGCGCUGGAGCUGGAGCGCGCCGGCGACUCGAGAUGGGAGCACGCCCACGCCCUGCGCAACCUCGUCGCCGUCGUCCACUAUGCCUACCCCAUCUUCAUGCUGCUGUUCUUCCUCGUCGCCUUCACCCUGCGCAGCAUCGCCGCCUCUAAUUCUAAUUCUAAUGUCUCCAAGCCCACCACCACGGGCCCUGGGGGAAAGGCCCUGCCCGCCACGGACCCGACCCGCAACUUCGUCAAGAAGACGGUGCACGACGACGUCACGCAGACGCAGAAGCGAGUCUUUGAGUGGCUCUCGCUGGCCGUGACGCUGACCUUCCUGGGCAACUCCAUCCUGGUCAUUGCGCAGGCCCUGGCCCUCCGCAGCGAGAACUGGUGGGCGGGCAAGGCCGUCGUGAUCUACCUCGUCGGCGCCUUCUUCGUCUACUGCCUGUUCCUCAUCUCCCUCCUCGACUCGAAGCCCUCGCCUACGCUGGCCCACCUGGCGACAUGGAGCGUAGCUGCUCUCAUCGAAAUCGUCCUCGUGACCUGCUCGUUCGCCAUCUACACCCAUGCCCACCGCGCCACCACCGUCGGCCGCCCGACGCCAAAGCUGCACCUCGGUAUGACGGAUUGGGAAGCGGCCGAGGUCGCAGUCGAUCUGCUCCGCAUUGUGCUCCUGCUCGCCCUGAUUGGCUUCUACCUCGUCUUCGUCGUCCUGCCGCAGAGGAAGAGGUCGAGCGAGGUGGGAAGUCCCGAGGAAACCGCCUCACUCCUCGCCCAGGCCGACCAGAAUGGUCACGCAGAAAACGGCCACGCAAACGGCUCAUACGGCUCGGUACAUCCCGUGGGUGGAAAGCACAAGCACACGGAAGGAGCACCUCCCGCCUGGAGUCGGCCCACAGGCGCUCCCGCACGGAGCUGGUGGGAGUACAUCAAGGGCUACCGCGUUUUCUUCCCGUACCUCUGGCCUUCGAAAGAUCGCCGUCUGCAGAUCGUCGUCGUGCUAUGCUUCCUGCUUGUUCUCGCCCAGCGCUUUAUCAACGUGCUGAUCCCUGACCAGCUCGGGAACAUUGUGAACCGUCUCAAUGGCACGGACUCUGGCAAUCCCUGGGUCGCUAUUAUCAUAUUCAUCUCUCUGCGCUUCUUGCAGGGCAGCAACGGCAUGCUUGGCGCUCUGCGCGCGGCUCUGUGGAUCCCGGUAUCGCAGUACUCGUACCGUGAACUCUCAGUCGCCGCAUUUGAGCACGUGCACAGUCUUAGUCUGGAUUUCCAUCUCGGCAAGAAGACGGGCGAAGUCCUCUCGGCGCUGGGCAAGGGUAGCUCCAUUAACACAUUCCUUGAGCAGGUGACCUUUUCGGUUGUGCCUAUGAUGAUCGACUUGGCUGUCGCCAUUGGCUACUUUCUCAUCCGAUUCGAUGCUUACUACGCGCUGAUCAUUGCCGUUGUGACGUUCUGGUACAUUUAUUUGACGAUUCGCAUGGCGCAGUGGCGCGCGGAGAUUCGCCGAGAAAUGGUCAAUGCGGAUCGUGAAGAAGAUGCCGUCAAAAACGAUUCUAUGGUGUCUUACGAGACAGUCAAGUAUUUCAACGCCGAAGCAUACGAAUUCAACCGCUACCGCGAAGCCGUCAAGAAGUAUCAGAAUGCUGAAUACGAGGUUCUGUUCUCGCUCAACAUAAUGAACGUUUCCCAAAACAUGGUGUUCAUGCUCGGCCUGCUAGUGACCUGCUUCAUCGCCGCUUACCAGAUCACUACGGGCGAGCAGGAAGUUGCCAAGUUCGUCGUGUUGGUAACAUACAUGGGCCAACUUCAGCAGCCGCUCAACUUUUUCGGCACGUUCUACAGGAUGAUCCAGUCGGCCAUGAUCAACUCGGAGCGGAUGCUCGAGCUUUUCAAGGAGCAACCGACUGUAGUUGACAGUGAAGAUGCUGCUGAUCUCCCCUCGUGCGAGGGCGACCUCCGAUUCCAGGAUGUUCAAUUUUCCUAUGAUGCACGCAAGCCUGCGCUGACAGGGCUCGAUUUCCAUUGUGCGCCAGGCACUACGACUGCAUUCGUUGGUGAAUCUGGUGGCGGCAAAUCGACCGUGUUCCGUCUACUCUACCGAUUCUACAACACGUCGGCCGGCAGCAUCCUGGUCGAUGGACUCGAUGUACAGGAUCUCAAGAUUGAUCAAGUGCGACGUCACAUUGGUGUUGUUCCCCAGGAUACCGUUUUAUUCAACGAGACUCUCAUGUACAAUCUCAAGUACGCCAAUCCUGAGGCGACGGACGAGCAAGUCUACGAGGCUUGCAGAGCGGCGAGCAUCCAUGACAAAAUCAUGACGUUCCCGGACAAGUACGAGACUAAAGUCGGCGAGCGCGGACUGCGGCUGUCUGGAGGCGAGAAGCAGCGUGUUGCCAUUGCGCGAACGAUACUCAAGGACCCACGAAUCAUCAUGCUUGACGAGGCCACUGCAGCCCUGGACACGGAGACAGAACAGCACAUCCAGGAAGCCUUCACAACACUGGCGCAAGGGCGGACGAUGCUCAUCAUCGCCCACCGACUCAGCACCAUCACCCACGCAGACCAGAUCCUUGUCCUUAACAAGGGCAAGGUACAAGAACGCGGAACACACGAGGAGUUGCUCGAACGCAACGGGCAAUACGCGUCCAUGUGGAAGAAGCAGAUCCGGGCCCAGCGAGCAGCAGAACAAGCCAAGGUACUCAAAGACAAGGCCGACCGCCUGCGUCGCGAGUCCAAGGACGGCCAGCUCGACGACGGAAGCAGCAGCCACUCGACGUCAUCGUCGGACGACGAGCGCACAAAGCGCAUGUUGCGCUCCGUACCCGCGGCGCCUCCUAGCUCGGGGAAACCCCUCGGACACCCAUAG